UCAUCAGAGAAAACCAGUUGCCUUUGCCUGCUUUCUCACAGCAGGUACUGGGUACGGUGAACAGUGCUGCAGGUACCCUCACAGACAAAAUCAGGGCAGCACAGAAACUCCUUUUGGGUGAAGAUUGGAGAAAACAGGCAUUAGUCUCUUACCAUGGGGGACUGGAAUUUAUUGGGUGGCAUCCUAGAGGAAGUUCACUCCCACUCAACCAUAGUGGGGAAAAUCUGGCUGACCAUCCUCUUCAUUUUCCGAAUGCUGAUUCUUGGUGUGGCUGCUGAAGAUGUCUGGGAUGAUGAACAGUCAGCAUUUGCUUGCAAUACCCAGCAGCCAGGUUGCAAUACUGUCUGCUAUGAUGAUGCUUUCCCUAUCUCUUUGAUCAGGUUCUGGGUUUUACAGAUCAUCUUCGUGUCUUCUCCCUCUCUGGUAUAUAUGGGUCAUGCACUUUAUAGACUCAGAGCCUUUGAAAAAGAGAGACAGAGGAAAAAGUCACAGCUUACAGCCCAAAUGGAGAAUCCAGAGCUUGAAUUGGAGGAGCAACAGAGGAUAGAUAGAGAACUAAGGAAGUUAGAGGAGCAGAAGAGGAUCCAAAAAGUCCCUCUAAAAGGAUGUCUGCUGCGAACUUAUGUCUUACACAUCUUGACCAGAUCUGUGCUGGAAGUAGGGUUCAUGAUAGGCCAAUAUAUUCUCUAUGGGUUUCAAAUGCACCCCCUUUACAAAUGCACUCAACCUCCUUGCCCCAACGCAGUGGAUUGCUUUGUAUCCAGGCCCACAGAGAAGACCAUUUUCAUGCUCUUUAUGUACAGCAUUGCAUCCAUCUCUUUGUUCCUCAACGUACUGGAAAUAUUUCAUCUGGGGAUCAGGAAAAUCAUGAGGGCACUUUAUGAUAAAUCCAGCAGUGGGGACAUUGAGGAUGAAAGAGGACAUCCAUUCCAUUUGAAAAAAUAUUCAGUGGCCAAGAAGUGUAUGAUUUGCUCUCCCUUCCCUGAAAGAAUCUCUCUACUUCAAGCCAACAAUCAACAGCAAGUCAUCCGAGUCAAUGUACCGAAGUCUAAAACCACGUGGCAAGUUGAGACCAGCCAAGUUGAAGUAGACCCUUGCUGUAGUAAGAAAGACUGGGCUGAGAAGGAUCAGCACAGCGGACAGCUCCAUGUCCACAGCCCAUGUCCCUGGGAAAAUGGUGCUAGAAUUCAGCACCAGGGACAGCAACCAGACCGUUCUUCCUUUGGCCUGCAGAAUGCAAUGCCCCAGUCCUGGCUAGGUACAGCAAUGGCUCCUAGACAUUGUCAAUCACAUACAACAGGACCGUGGGAGCAACCCCAGAACCGGCAACUCUCAGGGGAGCCUCUCACAGAUUUGCACAGUCACUGCAGACACGGCAAUGGCAGCACAAGAGAGGGCAAGGUCUGGACAGACAGAUCUUGCCCGGGCAGUCGCAAGGCCAGCUUUCUGUCCAGAUUGCUGUCUGAAAAGGGGCAGCUGUACAGUGACUCAGGAAGCUCCAGUUCUCGAAAUAGCUCUUGUUUGGGCUUUCCACAUCGGGAAAACAGCCCCUCGCUUCUGCCUCCAGCCACUGGGCGCAGAACAUCAAUGAAUAUGCUUCUAGAACUUUCAUCUAUUAUGAAAAAAUAAUGCAUGCAUGAAGUCAGAAUAUUGGACCCAGGAGCAGCGGGCAUCUGUGAGAAAAGUUGUGUGUUUGUCAGCCCAAACUACAGGAGGAAAUGCAGGCACCAUCUGCUCCAGAGCCACCGGCCAGGUGAUGGCUAUGCACUGGGGGAUCCCAGCUGGGCUCUCUGACUACUGGGGACAGCCUCUCACUGCCCGGCUUGGCCACGCUGCCUGAGGCCAGCCUGACACCAGGGAAGCAGUCCACACCAUCAGAGAAAUUCUUGGGGGCAAGAACUGCUGCCCAAGGGGAGUGGGGGAAGAGUGGGAUGUGCUGCCUUCUCUGCCAGCAGCCCGCUCUGCAGCAGCAGCAGACCUUGAACAUGGAUCCAGAGCAUGCCAGGAGUUCUGCCAGCAACGUGGGCUCAACAUGCUUCCUGUCUGUACAGGGGAGGUUGGUGAGGAGCUUUUUAUUUUAUUCCUCUCAUCAGCUCAUUUAUUUCUUGGGGAUGAAGCAGCUGGAUGUUUUUGUUCUUAAGAUUCCUUGCUGUAAAAUAUUGCUUACAACAUUGGCCAACACUCCCAUCGCAUGGCUUUAUCCUUCUGCUGCGAUCCAGCGACAUCAGUGGUGAUGCCAUGACUGUGGGCCAACAGGUGCCGGUGGGAUUGCGUUCUGGACUUCCAGGGGAGGGACUCAAACUGGCACUGCUUCCUCACCUUCAGUGCCCUCCCAGUUGUCCUGAGCCAUCCAGGGGAAGUGCACCAAAAAGUGCUUAACACUUCUUCUAGAGCACAGAGGCAGGGGGGCUGUGUGAUGUGUACUAACUAUCCAAUCUGUAUGGCUGGUUGGCUGGUUGUUACUGUCCAAGUUCUGAGAGUCAUAAAGGUGGGUUCAGUUCCCAUGGGAGAAGCCACUUAGCUCCUGCAUCCUGCAUCCUCCAUCUCAUGGCCAGAUUCCCCUAUCCCUGGCCACACACCUUGUUUAAUAAACGCUUCAAAUUAUUAGGAGAGUCAGUUCAGUCCAAACACACAAAGCUCUGUGUCAUCUAUAUCCUAUUUUAUCCUUUUACCUUUAUCCUGAGAUAAAAUCCAAAUUCCUUAGGCUGGCACGUAAAGCCUUCACAGGCUGGUCCCUGCCUCAUGUUUGUUCCCUACCUGUCCCCUAACACAGCUGCUUACUGAGUAAAGCAGAUUGCCCUCCCAAUGUUGGGGGCCUGCACAGAAUAAAGAUAGAGGAAGGAUGAAUUUGUUCUCUCUCUCUUUGAUCUGGGAUAUCAAUGUUCUGCCUUUGAACUGAUACUUACAUCAUUAGCUCUAUAGUUCUCAGAACUAUACCUCCAGCUUUCCUGAGCCUCUAGCUUGCAAAAGGUAGAUUUUGGGGACUUCUUAACCUUCAUAAUUGUGUGAGCCAAUCAAUCAAUCAUAUCUAUAUCUAUCUGUCUAUAAAAUCUAUUGUGUCUGUCUCUCUGGAGAACCCUAAUACCCUGGGAUGUUGCAGAAGGGAGCCCAGUACUGGUUGAAGCUGGUCAUGCUCCCAGCCCAAAUGGCUCCUGAGUCUUCUCUGUUCCCACUUGCAAAGGUGGAAAUGAGGUGUGGAGAUAUGAAAAGGUGUGUGAUCUUUCCUGCAGUGAGUUGGUGGAAGAGCCAGUGAAGACCAGGUAGAUGAAAAUGACUCCAGGCCCAAGCCCAAAUAGGUACCAUUUUAAGGGCAUACCAUAUUCCAGCUGCUUAAGACACAUCACCCUGUCAUUUCUUUAGCUCUUUAUUCUGUGAAUUCUGUUGAUUGUCAACCCUAUGCUAGACAUGGAGCAGGGCGCUGGCUCAAUAAGUAAGCACCGUUCCCUGCCCUAAGACAUUUUACUGAAUGACAAGUAAUUUACCUCAAAACUUGGGAGCUUCAUGGAGGGGAUAUCAACCCAGUGGGGUGGAAGGGAGAGGAGUGCUUUUUAGAGGUAGAAUACCUGAAUUGUUUCUUAGAAACUGCAGGAAUCUGAGGUGCCGGUAGGGUCUCUAGCCUCCAGGGGCAGGUCCUGCACCGUUGACUGGUGCGGAAAUAAAACAAAAUCUAGGGAUUUGAACUUGAUGCCUAGACCUUUCCUCCUGUUUGUCCAUUUUAACAGCUUGCAACUGUCAUAACAAUUUAUUGCAUUUUAAAUUUUUCACAAAGACCCCAUUUGGGAGAAUGUGUUCUGGAAGGAUACUGGCUUCCUAGAUUCUCCCCCAACCACCUUCGCUUCUGAAGAGAAGUCAAUCAGCCAGAUAGCGUUCCAUGUAGUGGAAACAGGGAAAGAGUGGAGGGUGUGCAACCACAAGGCAUUCGUUGUUGCUAGAGCAUAAAGUGCAAGGUGAGGCUGGAGAGGGAGGCCAGGGUCAGACCUUGAAGGGCCAUAUAUAUGUCAAAGAGUUUGGAAUUUAUCUUUAGAUAAUGAGGCCUGGGGAACCACCGAAGGGUUUUAAGCUUGGGGUGGUUGUGAUCUGAUUUGCUUUAGUAAGAUCUGUUGGCCAUGAGAAGGAGGAUUUUGAGAUGCUGUUUCAGUGAUCCAGGCUGGAGAAGUUGAGGCCCUGAGGGAGAUGGUAGGUAGGCUAAGGGAUUAAGUUUAGAAUAUUUUAGAGAUUAAAAUCAACAAAAUUUAGCAAUUGAUUGGGUACUGGUUUUAAGCAUGAGUGCUUGCUUACGGCAUUCAUCAAAAAAUAUUUAUUGAGCACAUAGCAUAUAUUCCUCAAAAAUAACUAAAGAUUUUCUGCAAAAAUAUCUCCUAGAAAAGAGUGACCUUAUUGUUACUAGUACUCUUUUAAAUACACAUUGAGUAUAAAGUAGUGAUCGGUUUUAAAAUGUUUGUUUGCAAAGACCUCACUGCCAAUUUUGGUAUGCUUACAGAAGCCAGUUGAAGGGGUCAGUAUUUUUUUUUAAGGAAACAAAGUACUGUAACACAGUCCCAUGCUUUAUGGAGUCUGAACUCACAAUUGCAAGCAAAUGUUGCUAAAGUAAUUUCUGAAGAAGAUGGCCAUGUAGUCUAUGAGGUGAAGUGUUAAGGAAAAAAUAAGUACAGCGAAAGAAUGGGGGAAAAUUACGUAUAUUUGCUUGUUUUUGCAUAACAAAUGCUUGAAGGAUAAAUUAGAAACUAAUAAAAAGGAUAUCUAAUGAGGGAAGUAGACUGGCUUGAAGUCACCAUUUAAGUAUUUUGAUAUGCAAAUGUGCAUGGCUUUUCUUCCUUUUUUAAUAGCAGCCUUAUUGAGUUACAAUUCACAUACCAUGUGUUUCACCUAUUUAAAGUGUUGAGUUUGUCUUUUAUAACCUUUUGCUUUUGAACUAUGGAAGUGUUUCAUUUAUUAAGAGACUGAAUUAAAUUAGAAAAAAAUGCUAAAAUGGAAAAAUGAAACUAAAUAUGUAAAAAAGAGAAAUAUAGCCACACAGUCGAAAUAAUUAUUUUAGGUGACAUUGAACACACUGUUCUGACUGCACAUCAUUAGUAGGAUAUAUUCUAAGGACAAAAAGAACUGCAAAGAUACCUUAUACUUCAUGCAGUAGUUUUAAUAUUGGUAUUAACAUCGUAAUUUUCAAACUAUUUUAUGUAUAUUGUAGGAUAAAGACAUAUAUAAUGUUAGUUUUUUAGGAAUUAAGAUAUUUAGUGAAAGAGAAAAGAGCUCCAAACAUAUAGUCAAAAAAAUUAGGGGCAAACUCCUAUACUAUUUUAUGUGAAUUGGAAAUGGCAUCAUGAGCUUAUAAUUUUUAAAAACACAUGUUCCUUAUUUCUGUUCCUUAAAGGGUCUGGAAGCAAUGAUACCCCAGCAGCAAUUUGUUAGCACACCUAAGACCCAGAUCAGGAUCUCUAAAUAUUAUUUCCCACUGACAGGGAGAUCUCCCACUGGGACUCCCCAUUGUCUGAACAGUUCAGCUCCUAAGAGCAGAGAAGCAGGAUGAAGAAGGAGGGGAAGUAUAUCUAAGGGAACAAGUAAGUGUGAGACACUCAAUAUUCUGAAUGUGGAUAAGUGGCUAGGGUUAACAUUUCCUGUGAUAGCAUUAUAUAUAGUUUAAAAAAAUUCUCUUACUCAAAUAAUUUAUAUGAAAGUGCUCUGGAAAAUUCUGUUAGGAAUCUCAAAAAGUGGAUCUGGUUGUGGAAAAUAAGGAUGACUACAAAGUACAUGCUAUUGAGAAGUGGAGUCUAAUUUCCAGUCCCUUGAAUCUGGGCUAGCUUUAGUGACUUGCUUGGCUAUAGAAUGCAAGCACAGUGAUGUUCUAGGACUUCCAAAUCUUUGCAGUUUCUAUCCAAACUUCUUGGAUCUCUGUCUCUCUCUCUCCUUCUCUCCCUCUUUCUCUCCCUCUCUCUCUUCUCAACCCCAGGCUGCCACGUAGGCAUUCCAGCUUACAGAUCCAGCUAGGCACAGCCUUCUAGCCAUCCCUGCCAAGACACAAGAUGUGUGAGUGAACCCAUCUUGGACCCUCCAGACCAGGCCAUCUACUAGCUCAGUACCACUGAAUGCCUCAGACAACAUCUCAUGGAACAGAUGAGCUGCCACCUGACCCCUAAAUUGUGAAAUAUUGUAAAAAUGGUUGGUGUUUUAAGUCAUUAUAUUUUAAGGUAGUAACUUGUUACACGAAAUGAAAUCACUGGAACAGUAGUGGUAAUGACAGAACAAAAUAAUGUAGUUUUAUUAAAGUUGUUACAUGAAAUAUGAGAAUGGGAAGCCAGAAGAAGACAUUAAUGUUUGAUGAACUUAAAUUAAUAAUCACUCCCACUUACAGAGUAUAGUUAAUUAAAUUCCCUUCAAUAUUUUAAACUCCAUUUAUAAAUGUAAUGCAUUUGAUUUGUUUUUCAAACACUUCAUAUUUCUAGGACAAACACAAAAACCCUGACAAGUAAAACAUUCCUAACUACCUAAACAUGUAGUAAAUCCUCAAGUUCUCUCACACAUUUUAAUAUUUUUUACAUUAGUCAACUUCUUUUAUUUUUCAACCUAAAAUCAAAGGUCUAUGAAUAC